CUUCUCUUGACGAGGAACAAACCAACACUACCACAAUGUCGCAAUCAAUACUCUCAUUAACACCCGACGAGAACAAAUCCAAAGCUGUGGCGAAUCUUUUGCCAUGUCGUAUACACCAUGAUGGGCCAAUUGACCAGGCAUCGGCAUUUUGGACUCCUGCUACUACGGAUGAGGGCACAAAGCUAGCAUAUUUUCGAGGUAGAAAACUUCAAGGAAAGGUGGUAAAAAUGCCAGAACAGUGUCGAGGUGUUGUUGUCGAACGAGCGCCCGAAAACGACCCCAAAAGUGCCAACGAGGACGUGGUAGAGGAUCUCGAUGCCGACCAAGAGCCAGAACAAAUAGGAAGCAUGAAAAUAACUGCCGAGUUUGACGAGAUGGUCGUUUGGGGACACGAGACCGUGGCAGACGCCAGUGCAGAUCCUUAUGUUCGCAGUAUGGAGGAGUGGCUUCAGAUGGCCGAUCGGAUUCACUCUUACUCGCCCUCUGCAGACACGACACAAAAAUAAUGUGAACGGCAGUGACUAAGCGUCGGGCUGCUCCAUCCACCACAAGCUGCUUAUUGACAUCGUGGGUUAUCAAGAUCGUCGCCUCGAACCGACUAGACACUUCAAUAAUAUAUCCGAGCAAUACUCCUGGCACUCAAAAACUGCGUUAAGAUAUUGCCCUUCGCCUAUUCAUGCUGUUAUUGAAAAUUGGGGCAUAGACCUCAGGUAAUUGGGAGUAAAUCGUUUUGAAAUAAGGCCUUGGAGACCAGCACAUGCCUUUUAUAGCUAAAGUCUUAUCUCUAAUAUCUCUACCUCUGAUUAGAUAUACUUCUGUAUGCUAAAUUUAAAAAAAUAAGUCUAUGAUUCUAGUAAUACUGGUUUUCUUUUAUGAAG